AUGACUGGCUGCGAGGCACUUUCAGUUGUACCAGAAAAGAUAGGGGAACUGAAAUCCCUAACCAAGCUUAGCUUUAAAGAGUCAUCAAUAUCAUGUAUACCAGAUUCCAUUGGAGGGCUUCAGCGUCUAGAACUUCUCGAUCUUUCUUCCUGCCGGAACAUUUCGUCUUUGCCACAACAGAUUGGAGAUUUGAAAUCCCUAAAGCAACUUUUUCUUGCAAAGACAUCAUUAGUAGAUAUACCAGAUUCCAUUGGAGGACUUAAGUUUCUACAAAUCCUUGAUCUUUCUAGCUGCAAGAACAUUUCAGUUGUGCCAGAACAGAUAGGGAAACUGAAGUCCCUAACCCGACUUAGCUUCAAAGAGUCAUCCAUAUCAUGGUUACCGAAUUCUAUUGGAGGGCUUCAGCAUCUAGAAUUUCUGGAUCUUUCUUCCUGCCCAAAAAUUUCGUCUUUGCCGCAACAGAUUGGAUUAUUGAAAUCCCUAAAUCAACUUUGGCUUCCGAAGACAUCAUUAGCUGAUAUCCCAGACUCCAUUGGAGGGCUUCGGUCUCUGGAAAUUCUUGAUGUUUCUGGCUGUAAGCAAAUAAAGUCUUUGCCAAAACAAAUGCAGAAGUUGAAAUCCUUGAAAAGACUUUUUCUUGGAAGGACCUCUUUGAUAGAUGUACCAGAGUCCAUUGGAGGACUUGAGUUUCUAGAAAUCCUUGAUCUUUCUGGCUGCAAGGAAAUUUCAGUUGUGGCAAAACAGAUAGGGGACCUGAAAUCGCUAAUCCAACUUAAUUUUAAGGAGUCAUCUAUAUCAUGUAUACCAGAUUCUAUUGGAGGGCUUCAGCAUCUAGAAUUUCUCGAUCUUUCUGCCUGCCUGAAAAUUUCGUCUUUGCCAGAACAGACUGGAGACUUGAAAUCCCUGAAGCAACUUUGGCUUUCGAAGACAUCGUUAGCAGAUAUACCUGAUUCCAUUGGAGGGCUUCAGUCUCUAGAAAUUCUCGAUGUUUCUACAUGUAAUAAAAUACAGUCUGUGCCACAGCAGAUAGGGCACUUGAAAUCCUUGAAAAAGCUUUUCCUUGGAAGGACAUCAUUGGUAGUUAUACCAGAGUCCAUUGGAGGACUUCAGUCUCUAGAAAUCCUUGAUCUUGGUGGCUGCAAGGAAAUGUCAGUUGUGCCAAAACAGAUAGGGGAACUGAAAUCGCUAAUCCAACUUAACUUUAGGGAGUCAUCCAUAUCAUGUAUACCAGAUUCUAUAGGAGGGCUUCAGCGUCUAGAAUUUCUUGAUCUUUCUUUCUGCCUGAAAAUUUCGUCUUUGCCAAAACAGAUUGGAGACUUGAAAUCCCUGAAACAACUUUGGCUUGGAAUGACAUCAUUAGCGGAUAUACCUGAUUCCAUUGGAGGGCUUCAAUCUCUAGAAAUUCUGGACGUUUCUAGCUGUAAUCAAGUACAGUCUUUGCCAGAGCAGAUAGGGCACUUGAAAUCCUUGAAACAGCUUUUGCUUCAAAAGACGUCAUUGGUAGCUAUACCAGAGUCCAUUGGAAGGCUUCGGUCCCUAGAAAUCCUCAAUCUUUCGAACUGCGAGAGAUUUUCAGUUUUGCCAAAACAGAUAGAGGAAUUAACAGGCCUAAAAAGCGUUUCUCUUGAAGGGACGUUGAUGAGGAAAUAUCAGAUCUCGGUCUAGGUCCUGCUUAAAGGCUUCACAUAAAUUAUUCAUGAGAGGUCACAAAGGCCUCAAUGACUUGCAUGACCUAGGAGAUCAGAAAACAUUACAGGAAUUAUGGUUGCUGGGUGUGACGUCUUGUUCUGCAAUUGGUCUGAUGAACAAUUUGUUACAGAUUAUCAAUUCAACAGUCCAAGGUGCUGACAGAGUGAUUGACUGUAUUAUACAUUGAGGUGUCAAGUAGAGAAUGGCACACUCUUUAUGAACAGAAAGUGAGUGGUGAGCGUGUUGGUUCCACCUUGUUGAACACACACACACUCACUUAUAAGGGUCUCUUUUUCAGAUGGUUGGUUUGGUAUGAGAUUACUGUAGCCAUUUAUUCACUGAUCUAUGACCUGCAUUCCAAAUCACUUCCCCUGCAGUAACAUUAUUAUGAUGAAAUUUACAAAUAUAUAGGCAUACGACAAACUUACCUAUUCACUCGUUGGAUCUUAGGUUAGCACUCUAAAUUUGCUUCCAUUAACAUUAUUAUUUUGGAAAUAUCAUCAUAUUAUAAAUACUGUAAUCUUGAAAUGACAUAUUGAAAUAAUAAAACACUGCCAUUAUCAUAUACAGUCCUAGCACCAGAAAGCAAGAUUCACCAAAUAAUGAGGAUUGAUGGAUCAUAUUGUUCAAAAUUUGGAGGAAAACUGCACUCUGUUAGCUAAAUAUUGUUCUCUGUGGACCCUGGAUUAACCGUAUCCUGCCAAUCAUGAAAAUUCUUCUGACUUGAGGGAUAUAUAUGUGUGUGUAGAGAUAAAGAGGGAGAGAGAUUAGGCCAGAGAGAAGAACCAGACCUCCUAAAUUUUUGCUAAAAAUAUUUUAAGCAGAAUAUGAACAUUCUAAUAUGUUUAUAAACUCUGAGUUAAAAUAGAGGAUGUUCUCAUCUCAGUUGUUUUUGUUAAAAAUAUUGAUUUUUUUACUACCAAAAUUUUGAUGUUAUAAGAGCUCUUAUUUUUUUUUUGUUAUUCAAAGAACAUCAUUAAAGUAAAAAAUGAUUGACUUAAUAUAUGUUUCUCCUCAAAUCACUCUUAAGAUCAUAUCUGUAAGGGUAGAUUAUGCAAAAACUACAUUGAAAAUCAAUUUUAAGGGGUCCGUUGUUUUAUCCCUGACCUAAGUGGAUUUCUGUCCUCACACCAAGUUUUUUAUGAAAAUGCUUUGCACCCAUGUCUGCAUCUGAACUCAUGUCCCCACAUACAGCCACAUCCACGCCCAUGUGUCAUAGCCAUGAGCUUGAUGCUUUAAUCUCCACUGCUGCACGCGUUCCAUUAGGAAAAACAGUAUUUAUUCGUUUGUGGGAGCUUUUGUAACUGCCUUAGCUUUUUGAAAUAAUAAAAAUUCUGAAAGUCAAGUCUGCUUAUUGUAAAAAAUGCACCCUAAACUUUUCUUCCAUACAUGACACAAAAAGGUUUGACAAUCUAA